GGUAGAUUUGGGUGAGCUGGUCCUUCUGGACUCUGCCCCAGGCUCCCCUCUGCUCCCCCAUUGUGAGUGGCCCCGGAAGCCGGCGUUGACCAGACCGAAGCCUGUUUGCUUGCAGGACAAGGUGGAGCAGACACCUCCCAGUCCACGGGACGUGGCAGGACCUGAGUUCCCAGCACAGUCUGACCGAAUCUCAAGUCACCAAGAGGAUGACGUGGACCUGGAAGCCCUGAUGAAUGAUAUGAACACAUCCCUGGAGAGCCUGUACUCGGCCUGCAGCAUGCAGUCGGACACAGUGCCCCUCCUGCAGAAUGGCCAGCAUCCCCGCAGCCAGCCGCGGACCCCUGGACCGCAGCCACAGCCGCAGCCGCAGCCGUCCCCGAGGCAGAGAGUGCAGCGGUCCCAGCCUGUGCACAUCACGGCUGUCAGGCGCCUUCAGGAGGAAGACCAGCAGUUUAGAACCUCGUCGCUGCCGGCCAUCCCCAACCCCUUCCCUGAGCUCUGCGGCCCCGGCAGCCCCCCUGUGCUCGCGACAGGCUCCUUACCUCCGAGCCAGGCCGCCGCAAAGCAGGAUGUUAAAGUCUUUAGUGAAGAUGGGACAAGCAAAGUGGUGGAGAUUCUCUCAGACAUGACAGCCAGGGACCUGUGCCAACUGCUGGUUUACAAAAGUCACUGCGUGGAUGACAACAGCUGGACUCUAGUGGAGCACCACCCUCACCUAGGACUAGAAAGGUGCCUGGAAGACCACGAGCUGGUGGUGCAGGUCGAGAGCACCAUGGCAAGCGAGAGCAAGUUCCUGUUCAGGAAGAAUUACGCAAAGUACGAGUUUUUCAAAAAUCCCAUGAAUUUCUUCCCAGAACAGAUGGUUACUUGGUGCCAGCAGUCCAAUGGCAGUCAGGCUCAGCUUCUGCAGAAUUUUCUGAACUCCAGUAGCUGUCCUGAAAUUCAAGGAUUUUUGCAUGUGAAAGAGCUGGGAAAGAAAUCGUGGAAAAAGCUGUAUGUGUGUUUGCGGCGAUCAGGCCUUUAUUGCUCCACGAAGGGGACUUCAAAGGAGCCCCGACACCUGCAGCUGCUGGCCGACCUGGAGGACAGCAACAUCUUCUCCCUGAUCGCUGGCAAAAAGCAGUACAGCGCGCCCACAGACCACGGGCUCUGCAUAAAGCCAAACAAAGUAAGGAACGAAACUAAAGAGCUGAGGCUGCUCUGCGCAGAGGACGAGCAGACCCGGACGUGCUGGAUGACAGCGUUUAGGCUCCUCAAGUACGGAAUGCUCCUUUACCAGAACUACCGCAUCCCGCAGCAGAGGAAGGCCUUGCUGUCCCCGUUCUCCACACCAGUGCGCAGUGUCUCUGAGAACUCCCUUGUGGCGAUGGAUUUUUCUGGUCAAACAGGACGUGUGAUAGAGAAUCCGGCCGAAGCCCAGAGUGCCGCCCUGGAGGAGGGCCACGCCUGGAGGAAGCGAAGCACGCGGAUGAAUGCCCUAGGUAGCCAAAGUCCCCUCCACCCUUCUACCCUAAGUACAGUGAUCCACAGGACACAGCACUGGUUUCACGGGAGGAUUUCCAGGGAGGAAUCCCACAGGAUCAUUAAGCAGCAAGGGCUCGUGGAUGGGCUUUUUCUCCUCCGUGACAGCCAGAGUAAUCCAAAGGCGUUUGUACUCACACUGUGUCAUCACCAGAAAAUUAAAAAUUUCCAGAUCUUACCUUGUGAGGACGACGGGCAGACGUUCUUCACCCUGGAUGACGGGAACACCAAAUUUUCUGACCUGAUCCAGCUGGUCGACUUUUACCAGCUGAACAAAGGAGUCCUGCCUUGCAAACUCAAGCACCACUGCAUCCGAGUGGCCUUAUGACCUCAGAUGUGCCCUUGGCCGAAGACUGGAGGAAGUUAACACUGGAAUGAAGAAGAGGUCUGUAUGUUGGUUAAGAAUACACGUCUGUUCUGCACCUUGAGACUCGGAGUGAGAUGGGUUCAUUCGGUGCCAACCGACCAAGAUUGACUAGUUUGUUGGACUUAACGACAAUUUGCUGCUGCGAAUCCAGCAGGAUCGCCCCCUCCCCUCUGUGUCGGCCAAAUCAGGGAGGGCAUGAAAGAUCCAGCGCAAAUUUGAGAAUUAAACUGGAAUGAUCAUCUUGGCUGGGCCACUUACGAAGAAGAACCGGAAAGAAGUGAUUGGAAAUGAACUCUUGCCCUGGAAUAAUCUUGACAAUUAAAACUGAUAUGUUUACUUUUUUUGUAUUGAUCACUUUUUUGCACUCCUUUGUUUUCAAUCUUAUAUUCAGCCUAUGGUAUGAGGGGAUGCGGCUUUUCAACUCACGUAGGACAUAAAGAGUUUCAAAUGGGCAGACUUCAGACUGCACUUGGGCCCCCAGUGUGUCCAGAGGGUAACCCACACCCUCUGCCCGUCGCCAGUGUGGAUUCAGCUCCCAAAUAACAAACCACCCCAGCCCUUCCCAGUAUACUUGAAAAGCUUUUUUGUUAAAAUAAAAAGUGUCAACCGUGGUAGGCAUUUGGCAUGUUUUGUGGACUCAGUCAAGCAACCAGAGUCUAUUACUCACUUCUCUAUACUCAGAUGUCAGAUCCUCUUGUUCCUAGCGUGUGUUGUUCUCCACAGUGCAGGAGACUUUAUUUCUCUGGAACAUUCAGUGUUCCCCAACCCAGCGGGGCUGAGCGACCUCGCCUAUACAGUGCUGUAGGCCAGCCUUCUUGAGACACACCUGGCACCCACCGUCUGCCGGCGGUGGGUGCCGCGCAGCCCACUGGGGCACCUUCAGCCUUGCGUGUCCACGGCCUCCAGCCUGCUCUAGAACGAUCCCGCGUCCCCCUGCUGCAGUGGCGUGAGUCGUUUCACGCUGACGUCCCUCGGGGGAUUAAAGGAUCUGAAAAGAAAAGGGCACCUGGUUGGCUUCCUGCUGUGUCCCGUGGGUUUCCAUGGUGAUAAAGACACGGAAACACCGCAGAGGGCACAGGCGCAGGCUGACACUUAAAGAUCUUUGCCUGAGGAGCUCCGUCCUGCCGCAGAGCCCACAGGCCGCGAGCACGGGCAGCCCGAGGCUCCUCCGCCGGCCUGGGGUCAGAAGUACCUCGGUGGCCGUGGACAUUGGAGCUCUUAGCAACACCACGCUCGCUUCCUGCUCCGGGAGAUGAGUGAGACGGUGGCUUGACUUGCCACCUGGUCCCCUCCGCCCCCGGGCGGCACCCUUUGCCACGUCCCCUUAGCUGAGUUAUCAGGCGCGAGAGUGGCCGUUUCUUUGCCAUUGACCCCUGCAAAGCAGAAAGGACUCCCUUGACAAGCAUACAGACUACUGUGCUGAGCAAAAUUAUUUCCUUUUCCGAGACAACACCUGACUGGCUCCUCCGACCUGCGCUGGCCACUAGCUUGCCCCAGUGAGACCCACUGGCGUGCUCCCUAAGGAGCGGCAGCCCCCGGCGCCUCGGUCGCCCUGCAGCUCAGGGCAGACGCGGAGGGGCCCCGGCGAGGCGCGUCAGCCGGGAGCCAGUCGCCGGUGUGGCAACUCUGUAUUGUAGUGCGCAGACCACACUAGUCGUUUUCCAUGAAAUGUCUGCUUAUACAAGUGAAGAGUUUUCUAGCGAAACAUGUUCUUAGCCGUAAACGCGCAGUUGCAUUUUCUUCCUUUCCCAGCCAGUUAACCUUGCGAACAAUUGACAGUGCGGUAAUUCUCAAGCUCAUCCCCGGCAGCGCGACCCCGCCGAACCUCACUGUAGGGACAGACGCUUCAGUUAGGCCGCGAUACCUUUGCUCUCUCACUGGUUCGAGGUAAAACCUUUAAAGGAAAAACAGCUCUAGGACUUCUCUUGUUUACGUAGCCCAGUGCCACCAGUGCGUAACCCCUCGCGCCCCUCUCCGGUAGACAGCUAGUAUCUGCAGUAUUUCGUAUUUAUAAAUAUGCGUUUUAUUUAAAAGGAGAACAAAAGCUUGACUCUGAUUCGCAGUUUUGUAUGUAGCUGGUUUGACAUAGUCUUUUGUACUUUCCCAGCGAAGCGAAUUGUUGGAGAAUGUAAACCGCCCUGCGCGGUGCAGACUUCUGCGGCCCCGGCCUCGAGCUGGGGUCUGGCGAUUCCACCUGAGAACGAGAAGUCCCGCAAACCAGGGCCGGACGGACAGUGACUUUUAUUUUUGUAUUUAAUUGACAUGAAUGUAAAGGGGACAGCUCAGGGUUGUUUUGGAGCCUGUUGACUAUGUAUCUCUGCCUGUGACUUUCCUUUCUAAAUGAAAACUCCGUGUAGCAACCGGGACAAAGUUGAGAAGGAAAACGCCAAAUGCUUUGGUUAUUAGAGUUUAAUAGGUAAGCUCUGUUACAUUAGGUGUUAGAGUUCCAGAACACUUUUUUUGUUGUUGUUGUUUGCUAAACUUUGAAGAAACAUGUGCCUCAGCCUAGAUGUUUGUCUUCUCUGCACUUAAUACCUGACAGUGUGACCGCCUCUCCAGGGGCGGGGCUAGCUGGUGACAGAUGUGUGAUGUCACCGUGCAAACCGCAGUGACCAUACAUGGCCUGGCGUGGAAGCGUGUUCAGGGAAUGCAGACGGUAUUAAGAGACAAAACCUUUAUUCCGCGUGCUUUGCUUCAUUCUGUACAUAGCUCCUUGGCUCGUGAACCUAAUUGUAAACUUUCAGGUAUUUUUGUACAAAUAAGGGACUGAUGUUCUGUUUCUUGUAACUAGAAAUAAACAUGAAUACUGUGUUCUUCA